AUGUGCAAGGUGGGCUGGUGGCCUCCCCUGUGUGAGUGCAGGCCCACGGGAGUGCUGAUGCCCACACAUGCCCGCGUCCUUCGGCGGCACCGAGAACUGAGUAUGCUGAACAUUAAUCCCCACCCCGAGGCUGUUUCUUCUUCUGUUCUAGCUCUGAUUCACGCAGUCGUCAAUCUUAAAUCACGUAACUGGCCAAAAAAAUCAAAGCCACGUUAUAAUUUCUCGCGCCGUCACUGCACAGUUUCACGCUCCGGCUUGUACAAACGUGCGCAGCCUAUCUCGGCGCGGGGGCCCCGGCCUGCGGCCGGAGCGGCGGGGCUGCCCGCUGCCCACACCCCCGGAGCCCCGGCGCGCUGCACCCAACAAAGCCGCUCCCCGCGCACGGGGCACGCCCGGCGCCCUCACCGCCCGCGUCCCGGUACUCGCCAGCGGCAGCAGCGCACGGGAGCGCCGCGCGCCCGCGACACAAGCAACCACUGCCCAGCCCUGCCCGGGGCCGGCCCCUCUCCCCUCCCUCGCCCGCAGCCGCCGCCGAAGCGCCGCCCGGCGCCCUCCCCUCCUUCCCCUUCCCCUUCCCUCCCACCCCUCAGCGGCCGCUCCCUCGCGAGAGGCGCCGCUCGCCGCCCGCCCCGCCCCGCCCCGCGCGCCGCAGCCCCGCCCGGCCGCGGCUCCGGCGGGCGCAGAGCGCCGCGAGCAGCCAUGAUGCAGGAAGGCUCGGACGACGGCCCAGAUUUCCUCUCGGAGGAGGACCGAGGUCUUAGAGCAAUAAAUGUAGAUCUCCAGACUGAUGCUGCUCUGCAAGUGGAUAUCUCAGAUGCACUCAGUGAGAGGGAUAAAGUGAAAUUCACAGUUCAUACAAAGAGUUCCUUACCAAAUUUCAAACAAAACGAAUUUUCUGUUGUCCGGCAACAUGAAGAGUUUAUUUGGCUUCAUGAUUCUUUUGUUGAGAAUGAGGACUAUGCUGGCUAUAUUAUUCCACCAGCACCACCCAGGCCUGACUUUGAUGCCUCCAGGGAGAAACUGCAGAAACUUGGAGAAGGGGAAGGAUCAAUGACUAAAGAAGAAUUCACCAAGAUGAAACAGGAACUGGAAGCUGAAUAUUUGGCAAUAUUCAAGAAGACAGUUGCAAUGCAUGAAGUGUUUUUGUGUCGCGUGGCAGCACAUCCUAUUUUGAGAAAGGACUUAAAUUUCCAUGUAUUCUUGGAAUAUAAUCAGGAUUUGAGUGUUCGUGGGAAAAACAAGAAAGAGAAACUUGAAGACUUCUUCAAAAAUAUGGUUAAAUCAGCAGAUGGUGUCAUUGUUUCAGGAGUAAAGGAUGUGGAUGACUUCUUUGAACAUGAGAGAACUUUCCUUGUAGAAUAUCACAACCGAGUCAAAGAUGCCUCUGCCAAAUCUGAUAAAAUGACAAGAUCACAUAAAAAUGUGGCGGAUGACUAUAAUAGAAUUGGUUCUUCAUUAUAUGCAUUAGGAACACAGGACUCCACAGACAUCUGCAAGUUUUUUCUGAAGGUAUCAGAGUUAUUUGACAAAACAAGGAAAAUAGAGGCUCGGGUAUCUGCUGAUGAAGAUCUUAAACUUUCUGAUCUUCUGAAAUAUUACCUUAGGGAAUCUCAAGCUGCUAAGGAUCUCCUAUAUAGAAGAUCUAGGUCACUAGUGGAUUAUGAAAAUGCUAAUAAGGCAUUGGAUAAAGCAAGAGCGAAAAAUAAAGAUGUGCUGCAAGCUGAAACUACUCAGCAAAUAUGCUGUCAGAAAUUUGAGAAAAUUUCUGAAUCAGCAAAACAAGAACUGAUAGACUUUAAGACAAGAAGAGUUGCAGCAUUCAGAAAAAAUCUGGUGGAACUAGCAGAACUGGAAUUAAAGCAUGCUAAGGGUAACUUACAGCUUCUGCAGAGCUGCCUGGCAGUGUUAAAUGGUGACACAUAAGCUACGUUCCGUCCUCCC